AUGGAAAAGAUAGUGAAUUUAUCCGUUUCAGUUCUGCUGGUGUUAUGGGGAUGCGCGCUUGGAGGCUCGCCCAGUGUUCAGAUUGGGGGACUUUUUCCAAGGGGUGCGGAUCAAGAGUACAGCGCAUUUCGGAUAGGAAUGGUUCAGUUUGGCACCUCGGAAUUCAGACUGACGCCUCACAUUGACAAUCUGGAAGUGGCGAACAGUUUUGCUGUUACCAACUGCUUCUGUUCACAGUUCUCUAGAGGGGUGUACGCCAUUUUCGGAUUCUACGACAAGAAGUCUGUGAACACCAUCACGUCCUUCUGCGGGACGCUCCACGUGUCCUUCAUAACGCCCAGCUUCCCUCUGGAUGGGAAUCAGCAGUUCAUCAUCCAGAUGAGGCCCGACAUCAAGGGGCCCCUCCUCAGCCUUAUCGAGUACUACAAGUGGGACAAGUUUGCCUACCUGUACGACAGCGACCGAGGCCUGACGACGCUGCAGGUCGUUCUGGACACGGCAGCGGAGAGGAAGUGGCAGGUGACGGCCAUCAACGUGGGGAACCUGAAAGACGAGAGGAAGGACGAGGCCUACCGCUCGCUGUUCCAAGACCUGGAGAACAAGAAGGAGAGGCGGGUGAUCCUGGACUGUGAACAGGACAAAGUAAAAGACAUCAUGGAGCAGGUCAUAACAAUUGGCAGACAUGUUAAAGGCUACCACUACAUUAUAGCCAAUCUGGGUUUCGUAGAUGGGGAUUUAUCCAAAAUCCAGUACGGUGGUGCCAACGUGUCGGGCUUUCAGAUUGUUGAUUUUGAUGAUCCUCUGGUGUCCAAGUUUGACCAAAGAUGGGAGGCCCUGGAGGAAAAGGAGUAUCCUGGUGCAGACAGUAAAAUAAGGUACACAUCGGCGUUGACCUACGACGCCGUGCAGGUGAUGACGGAGGCUUUCCGCUACCUGCACAAACAGCGCAUCGACUUCACCCGGAGGGCCAACAACGGCGACUGCCUGGCCAACCCCGCCGUUCCCUGGGCUCAGGGAGUGGAGAUCGAGCGGGCGCUGAAACAGGUGCGUGUGGAAGGCCUGACAGGAAACAUCCAGUUUGAUCAACAUGGCAAACGAGUCAACUACUCAGUGAAUAUAAUGGAGUUAAAGAGCAACGGUCCUGUAAAGAUCGGAUACUGGAAUGAAGUUGACAAAAUGGCCGUCACCAAAUCGGACGUCUUUGCGAACGAUACAACAGGGAUGGAAAACAAAACAUUUAUUGUCACCACCAUCUUGGAAGCCCCAUAUGUGAUGCUGAAAAAGAACGCCGACCUUUUUGUGGACAAUGAGCGUUACGAAGGUUACUGCGUAGAUCUGGCGGCGGAGAUAGCGAAGCACUGCGGCUUCAAAUAUCAGCUCAAAAUAGUCGGGGAUGGGAAAUAUGGAGCCAGAGAUGCAGAGACAAAGAUCUGGAACGGGAUGGUUGGAGAGUUAGUGUACGGGAAAGCAGACAUUGCAGUGGCGCCUCUGACUAUCACUUUGGUACGAGAGGAGGUGAUUGACUUCUCCAAACCCUUCAUGUCUCUGGGAAUCUCCAUCAUGAUAAAGAAGCCUCAGAAAUCCAAACCGGGAGUCUUCUCCUUCCUGGACCCGCUGGCCUACGAGAUCUGGAUGUGUAUCGUUUUUGCCUACAUCGGUGUCAGCGUGGUGCUGUUCCUCGUCAGCCGCUUCAGCCCGUACGAGUGGCACACCGAGGAGUACGAGGACGGGCAAAUCCAGACCAAUGAGUCGACUAACGAGUUCGGCAUAUUCAACAGCCUGUGGUUCUCCCUUGGAGCCUUCAUGCGUCAAGGCUGUGACAUCUCACCUAGAUCUCUGUCUGGCCGUAUUGUCGGUGGCGUUUGGUGGUUCUUCACUUUAAUCAUCAUCUCCUCCUACACUGCAAACCUGGCUGCUUUCCUGACUGUCGAGAGGAUGGUCUCUCCCAUUGAAAGUGCAGAGGACCUGGCUAAACAGACUGAGAUAGCAUACGGGACUCUGGACUCUGGCUCUACUAAAGAGUUUUUUAGGCGCUCAAAAAUUGCCCUCUUUGACAAAAUGUGGACAUACAUGCGCAGUGCGGAGCCCUCUGUGUUUGUGAAAACCACAGCCGAGGGGGUUCUGAGGGUGCGCAAGUCCAAGGGGAAGUACGCCUACCUGCUGGAGUCCACCAUGAACGAGUACAUUGAGCAGCGAAAACCCUGCGACACCAUGAAGGUGGGAGGCAACCUGGACUCCAAAGGCUACGGGAUCGCCACGCCGAAAGGAUCCUCAUUAAGAAAUGCGGUUAACCUCGCAGUACUAAAACUGAAUGAGCAAGGCCUGUUGGACAAAUUGAAAAACAAAUGGUGGUACGACAAAGGAGAGUGCGGCAGCGGGGGAGGUGAUUCCAAGGAGAAGACGAGCGCCCUCAGCCUGAGCAACGUGGCUGGGGUCUUCUACAUUCUGGUCGGAGGACUCGGUUUGGCCAUGCUGGUGGCCUUGAUUGAGUUCUGUUACAAGUCCCGAGCCGAGGCGAAACGAAUGAAGAUGACCUUUGGGGACGCCAUGAGGAAUAAAGCAAGACUUUCCGUCACUGGGAGUACUGGGGAGAAUGGUCGGGUGAUGACUCCAGAGUUUCCUAAAGCUGUCCACGCUGUCCCGUACGUGAGACCUGACAUGGGACUGAACGUCAGCCUGACAGAUCUGUCCUGA